AUGGCAGCAUUGUUGAUUUGGGUGGAGAAAAAUGUGUCCCGCACAGAUGUGGAAUGUGUGUGGAAGAGGGCGAAGACACCAAAAUCAGAUGAUAUUCUUGCCAAGAGAGUGUCUGUGAUGACACCAUCCACAUCACAAGGUAAGUAAUUCAAGUUAAAUUGCAUAAUUUGUAGUGUACAUACAGUAGUGUCCUUUCUUACUUGUGAUUAAGAAGUCUUAAUCACAAUCAAGAAGAAUGAAUAAUUUGACAAUGCAUUUAUACUGUCAUUUCAGCUGGUAUCAAAACACCUGUAACCCAGGAGGUCAAGGAUUGGACUGUGUCAUCCUUGUCACAGCUCGGUCGUUUUACUGGCAUGUGGUGGAUCCUGAGUCCAGAGACAGCUCAGGUAGGCCUUCUUUCUUUUGGUGCCCCGGUGACAAUUCAGCUAGGUUAAAAUCAUCCCAACAUACUCAAAUUGGUCUAAUUUUUAAUUAAAUCAACAAAUAGUUUAGGCCCAUGACCAAUUUGACAUGAUGAAAAGAACACAGUGUGUGUGUGUAUAAUGUGUAUAUAAAUGUUGAAUAAUACAUGUGUGCGUGAACUGUGUGCUUAACUUUAAAUAAAGACACCCCCUAUCAAGACAUGGGAUGGAUUGGUGGCCUGUCCAGGUUUUACUGAAGCUGAGGACAAGGCUCUAUAUGUGUUGUCAUCGCUUGCUGUCAGUGAUGCGGAGAAGCAGCAGAUUGAGAGAGACACCGUUUUUCAAGCAAAGAACGACUUAUGGUAACACUAACAAUACAAUACUAGACUCCUCACAAUUUCUUGAACCUCUGUAAAGAAACUAGAGGACCAGUAAAAUAUGUUUGUUGGUUUCCAGAUAUUAUGAAGUUCUGUAAUACUUAGCCUUUUAGUUCUAUAUCAGUGGUUUUCAAUCAGUGGUCCCCAGCUAAAUGAUAGAGAGUUGGUAAUCAAAUGGACCAUUAGCGAUCCGUAACUCAUAGGGUGUGCAAAAUGUCUUGAGAUUGUAAAAUGAAACCAUAUGGGGUCGUACGGUUUCAUUUUACACUCUCAAGAGUUAAAUUAUUGUUUAACAUCUGCAUUAGUUAAUUUACAAGAAGUCUACACAAUUAGAGAUCGUAGAAUAGUUGUUAUUUUGAUCAACCAGAUCUCCUUACACAUAAAUACAUGAUGGAAUUGUGACAAAAUCUUAUCCAAUGAUUAAAAAAAAUCACAAUUUGAGUCAAAGAAGCUAAAUGUCAUCAAAUGGUGGUUCUGUGGCUCAGAUGCUGCAUGAAUUAUGGGCCUUGAUAUGAAAAAUGUUGAAAACCACUGGUCUAUAUUGACAAAGUAUUGUAGUCAAUGUUAAAGCAUUGAACAUUUAUGAGUGAUUAUAACAAUACUGCAGUUUGAGCACCUAAUGUGUCUAUAAAACAUCAAAGACAUAGGAUGCCUUGCUAUGUGAACUGUAUCUGGGUGUCUUUAUAACAGGAUGGCUUAUCGCAAGAGACAAAUCACAGCUAGCAAUUUUGGUUUGGUCUUGGCAGCAGUCAAGCGCAAGCGGUACCCACCUUCCUUGUUCAAAACCCUGCUUGGCCAGUACAACUUCAAAGAAGCUUCUAAAGUAAGUAAUGAUGAAAUAAUGAUUUCAACUUAAGAUGUCAUUGACUCUAACAAGUAAUUUAUGAACUGAGUGGUAUGUUUUCCCUCCCUCACUUUCUCAAGGCAUGUGAUUGGGGAAUCACCCACGAACCACAGGCAAAGCAGGAAUACACAGAGAAAACCGGGGAUGUUGUCCAGGAGAGGGGGGUGUUCCUGUCAAACAGUGGCCUGCUCGGUGGAUCUCCAGAUGGGACAGUGUCUGAUGAGUGCAUUAUUGAGGUUAUGUUAUAUUUAGUCAAUAUACAGUAUACUAGGCAACUAAUCGAAAUUAAAACUGAAACAGAGAUUAUGGGCCACCCUAAUCUCAAAUCCCACCGGGCACGAUAACUAUAAAGAUAAGUAAACUAUAUUGUUCACCAAAAUUUGUUUGUUUUUGUUCACCACAGAAAUGCUCAAAGAAAGUAAGGGAACAAAGUGUUCUCCUUAUUUCUUUGAGCAGUGUAGUGUCACAUUAUUCUGAGGCACCCUUGGGCUGGCUUCACGGCGCCCACUUUGGGAAACCCUGUUGUAGAUAAUGCUAUUUUCAAUAAUACAUAUUUAUUUGAAGUCAUAUGGACAAGCUUAGCUUUAUUACUACCUGUCUUUACACAAAAAAAUGGUCAUAUGUUUUUCAUAACACCCACCUCUAGGUCAAAUGUCCCUGGUCAACAAAAAAUAUGACAGUCCGGCAGGCAGCAGCAGAGAAAAGGGACUUCUUUCUGCAGUUGGAUGCAGCGACUGAUUCCCUGACACUAAAACAAACUCAUCACUACUGGCAUCAGAUUCAGGGCAACCUACACCUGACUGGAACCAGCACUUGCCACCUGGUUGUAUGGACCCUUGCUGACCUUGUCCUUGUGCCAGUGGUGAAAGACCCAACUUGGGCUAGAAACAUUGACAUCCUGGAAACAUUUUACAAAGAUUGUUUCCUACCAAAAAUUCUGUCAGAGUUGUCCACACUGUAA